GUUUGGCACAGUUUGUUUUGUAAAUCACACUCCCGGUUAGUGCAUUUAUAUUUUAGCUAUUUGCUUUAAGAAUAUAACAAACCAGUUUUCAAUCGGUGAUUCUGUUCCAGUGUAUAAAAUCAAGAUUAGCUUCAACGGUUUUUUUCUGAAAAAACAUGAUACUUUUUCAUUUGAUACGUUUUGUGACAGUGUGGGUAAUCUUCUUCUGUCAUGAAACAACAAGUUCUAAUAUUGGCCUAAGAUGUGAUAUGAUUCCCGAAGGAGUUACAUCUCUAAAAAAUAAAGACAAUCACAAUCGAUACAAGAUUGAAAUAUCUGGAAACCCAGAAUUUUAUAUUCCAGGAGAACAGUAUACAGUUCUUUUAAAAAGUAAUACAAAAUCAAAUGGAAGCCUACAUAGAUUUACACACUUUAUAUUAUCUUUUACAAACGAGAAGUUUGCGAAGAAUAUUGAAUCUGAAUCGUCCGUAAUAGGAGCAGUGCAGUUGUAUGGAGACACCAUGACAAAAUUUAGCGACAGCUGUCAAAAUGCGAUAAUUCAAGCAGAUUCCCAACCGAAAACUGAAAUUCAGAUCCUUUGGAUGGCACCAACGAAAGUAAACGGUUGCAUUAAAAUCAGAGCUACUGUAGUAGAGUCAGUAGAUGUAUGGUUUAGUGAAAAUGGAGAAUUGACAAAAAUUCUUUGUGCCGAAUCACCAGAUAGUGAUGACAUUCAACCAAAAAUAUUAAAACAUUGUUGUACUUGCGAUGAAGCCAAAUAUGAGGUUAUAUUCGAAGGACUGUGGUCCAGAAAUACUCAUCCAAAGGAUUUUCCGUUAGAGGGAUGAUUGACAAGGUUUAGUGAUAUAAUUGGUGCUUCUCAUACAGUCAACUACACAUUCUGGAACUACGGUGGCAUUGCUAGCGAAGGUCUUAGACAGCUGGCAGAACAUGGAAACACCAAAAUGUUGGAGAGUGAAUUAAAAUCAAAGAGUGAUCACAUUCGAACAAUAAUUAAAGCGAGAGGAGUAAGCUACCCAAAUAUCACAGGAAAAACUUUUGCUGUGUUUAGAGUCGAUAAUCGGCAUCAUCUAAUGUCGAUGGUUUCAAUGAUAGAUCCAUCUCCCGAUUGGAUUGUUGGGGUUUCUGGUUUGGAACUGUGUCUAAGAAACUGCACUUGGAUCGAGUCUAAAGUACUUAACUUAUACCCUUGGGAUAUUGGUACCGAUGAUGGACUGACAUAUAUGUCUCCAGAUCAACCGUCAUCCCCUCGGCAACAAAUUAGAAGACUGAAAACCAAUUUUCCGACAGACCCUAGAUCACCAUUUUACGAUAAUACUGGUCAAUCAAUGAAACCGUUUGCUCGCCUAACAAUUUCCAGACAAAGACUUUAUGAAAAAAUAUGUGAUUCCGCAGCUAUGGACGAUGUAGAUGAUAAUUCCAAUAAUUGUGAAACAGAAUCUUGGUCGGAUUGGUCACCUUGUUCAGUUACUUGUGGAAGAGGUGUAAAGUACAAGCAAAGAAAAUACAAAAAUGAAGAAAGCAAAUACAACUGUCACCGAAAGCUGACCGAAAGGGCCAGUUGCGAAGCUGUGCAAACCUACUGUCGAAUUGCUCCAAUACGAGAAAAAGUAGAUCCUAUGUGUGAACUAGGACCGUGGUUGGAAUGGUCUAGCUGUAGUGUCACUUGUGGAAAAGGAACGAAAACUAGAGAGAGAAGAUUUAAAAAUAGACUUGCCGCCAAAACUUGUAUGGCUGGAAAAACCAAGCCACCUUUGUUACAACAGAAUUUAGAGUGUGAAGGGGAAGGAAAAUGUGAUAGAAGAAUGCCAAACGUUGUUGAAAAUUGUUACGACAUAAUAUGGACAGAAUGGUCUCCAUGUUCUGCCACAUGUGGUAAAGGUUUCAAAGAAAGGUAUCGAUUUCCAUCGAGAACCGACAGUAACAAACAAUUUUAUCCUCUUUCUGAAUAUUACAAAAAGAAAUUUUCAGAGAGAAAGCAAAAUUCACGAGAUCCUUGUUCGAACGUGAUACGCGAGACUGUAGAAUGUGUAGAAAAGGUUUGCCAAGAAGAAAAUCGACAGUAUAAUGAAAUGGCUUGCGGUCUUCCAAAGGACAUUGGUGGGUGCAAGAGCAAUGUAGAUAGAUGGUACUUUGAUAUUAUUAAAGGUGAAUGUAGUAUUUUUACCUAUAGUGGAUGCGGAGGCAACAUGAAUAACUUUAAUACUUUGGAGCAGUGCCAAACACUAUGUGCCAAAUUUAAAAAAGAACUUAUAUCCACGUCAAUAGUGAAGAAAAAAGAGCUGGGUGUUUCUGUAUCCGGUGUAUUGUCUUACGGCUUACAUCAUAAAGCAGGUGAAAAAUUAUGUGGAACACUCUAGAAGCGAAAAUGAAAGAAACAGAUUAAGUUAUAGAGUUUUUUAAUACGUACAAUAAACUUAAUCCUACAAUAAUAUACGGUAAGAACCACCCUACCAAAUACAUAGGAAUAUUGAGCUAUUAAAAAAUCAAUGGAAAAAUUCCAAUAAUUGGCUGUAUACCAUAGUUUAAAAAACUCAUACAGAAGUAAAAACUUCGUUGUAUACUGGUAUAAAAUAGUUUAUUAAAAAACUUCAUAAAAUGUCGUGCAAAAAG